CAUCUCUAUAGAAGUAAUACCGAUACACAUUUAUGACAGCAUGCGGUAACAGCGAUAUAUAGGUUGGAACUGACGUCAUGGCGUCAGUGUCCCCGCCCAUAACUCUACGUCACGUGACGUCAGGGUGGGUAGAAGACUAGUGGGCUGAGAAUGUAAACAUGGUGACAGGUCCGUGAGAAGAGCUCCAAAAUGGUCUUCGAAAGCGUCGUUGUAGACGUCCUUAACAGAUUCCUGGGGGACUACGUUGUGAACCUUGACAGUUCGCAGCUCAAACUCGGCAUAUGGGGAGGUGAUGCUGUGCUUACAAAUCUUGAAAUUAAGGAAAAUGCUUUGAGUCAACUUGACAUUCCCUUUAAAGUGAGAACUGGACACAUAGGUUGUCUGGAGCUCAAGAUUCCAUGGAAGAACCUUUACACCCAAUCAGUGGAGGCCACACUGGAUGGUGUUUAUCUGCUCAUAGUCCCCACGGCAAGUAUCAAGUAUGACCAGGAAAAGGAGGAAAAGCAGCUUCAGGAGGCACGUCAGAGGGAGCUGCAGAGAAUCGAGGAGACAAAGCAGAAAGCUGCUGAAAUAGAGAACCCGUCGCUCCAGAAACAGGACACUUUUAUGGAAAAGCUUGUCACUCAGAUCAUCAAAAAUGUCCAAGUGAAGAUCUCCAACAUCCAUGUUCGCUAUGAGGACAAUGUGACCAAUCCACAUUGUCCUUUGUCCUUUGGUGUGUCUCUGGAAAACCUCAGUCUCCAGACCUCAGACGAGAACUGGAACCCCUGUCUUUUGGAUGAGAAUGCCAGGCUUUUCUACAAAUUGGUUAAACUAGACACACUCUUUGCCUACUGGAAUGUCAAAUCUGUCCUCUUCUCCAAUCGCAGUUCUGAGGAGGCAUUGAUGUGCCUCCAGAAAACCAUGGACAUCAGUGGGGCUCUUCCUACCAGCCAUGAUUUCAUUUUACGCCCAAUUUCUGCGGACGCUAAACUUUGCAUAAAUCCCAGGUCUGAUUUGGACUUCUCGUACCCCAAAUUAGACCUUAUGGUCAAUCUCAGUGAGGUGGCUAUUGAACUGAACAGGCCCCAGUACAUCAGUAUCCUGGAGCUUCUAGCCUCAGUGGACAUGAUGUCCCGUAACUUGCCAUACAGGAAAUACAGACCUGAUAUCUAUGUUCAUAACCAUGCCAACCUAUGGUGGUCGUACGUCAUUACAAGUGUCUUGGAGGUGGAUGUUCAGCCUCGACUGCGCAUGUGGUCAUGGGAACACAUACGGGAGCACCGGAUGAUGGUGAAGCAUUACCGUGGGCUUUACAAGCUCAAGAUCACAUGCAAGAAACCCGGCGUGGAGCUACUCAAGAAUCUUGAGGAGUUUGAGAAGAACCUGGAUAUUUUUAACAUCACACUGGCAAGACAGCAGGCUGAAGUGGAGGCAAGCAAGGCAGGGCUGCAUAUUUUUCGCCCGGGCUUGAAAAUGGAAGAAGAGGAGACUCAAGGUUGGGUCAGCUGGAUGUGGAACUGGGGAGGAUUGCCCGAGACCCAAACAACAGAGGCCAAACCCGGAGCCAUUGAUGAGCUGUUAACCGGCGCCGAAAAAGCAAAGCUCUACGCUGCCAUCGGAUACAGUGAGAACGCAACUAACCCCAAUUUUCCAAAAGAUUUUGAGGAUAUGAAGAUGAAUUUCCACAUGGACAAGCUGAGCCUAUCCCUCAAGAACAGCAAGGAGAAAAAGGAAAUCAUCAAGCUGACUAUUGGGGAGCUGAUGUCUGAUCUGACGCAGAGAUCUGGAGCGCAAGCCCUAAAAUUCACAGCCCUGGUCAGUUCGUUCGAGGUCACUGGUCUCGCGGAUGACCGGCAGCCCCCUACCCUCCUGUCGUCGACGGCAGACAUGGCAUUAGGAAUCCCGCUGCUCAACAUUUUGUUUGAGACCAACCCAGCAGAUGAAAGUGCCAAUCAGCGCUUCCACGCCGAAUCGCUGCCACUGGAAAUAAUCUACGAUGCCAUAACAGUAAACGCCAUGUCAGCCUUCUUUAUGCCACCUGAUGACCUUCAGCUGGACGAGCUCACCAACGCAACGUUAAUGAAACUGGAGCAGUUCCGAGACCGCACAGCCACUGGUCUAAUGUAUGUGAUAGAGACACAAAAGGUUCUGGACCUCAAUGUGAACCUGAUGGCCUCUUACGUCAUCAUUCCGCAGACUGGAUUCUACGACGGCACUCAGAACAUUAUGCUGCUGGAUCUUGGACACUUACAGAUGACCAGUCAAAGCAAGAAGCAUCUUCCCCAGCUCGUCGUGGGCUCCAGCAAAUUGGAAGACAUCAUGUUGAGAGCGUAUGACGGCUUUGACAUCCAGCUCAACAACCUGCAGUUCCUUUAUAGUAAACCAGAUGACGACUGGAGAAUGGCUCGUGAGCAGAAGCAGUCACCGCUCCACAUCCUGGAACCAGUGGAUUUAAAGAUGGUGUUCAGCAGGGCCUUAGUUGUCAAAGACUCGCGCAUGGCAAAAUAUAAGAUUUCUGGAGAACUCCCACUGCUAUCCCUUCGUAUCUCGGACAUCAAACUUCGGAAUAUUCUGGAGCUGAUCGACAGCAUCCCAAUGCCGGAUAAGAAACCUGCCGCACAAAAUGCAACAAAGACCAAGCAAUACACACCACAGCUGGCUCCCAGGAGACCCCGAACAGAACAACAUUCCUCCCUCCUGUUUGACUCGUGCGAGACCAUGAGCAUUACUUCAUUGGGAUCUGAAGAGGACUUGUUCUACGACGCUCCCAGCUCUCCCAUCACUGGGCAGCAGUUCUUCUCCGACAGUCCGGCGCCGCUACGCUACGGCGACCUGAAGAGAAUAAAGAGCUUGUGCCACGAAGAACGUCAGAAAAACAUGACCAACUUCUUCAUGACAUUUGAAAUCAGUGAGUUCUCUAUUCAGUUGUGUCGCUUGUCUGGGUGUGAGGAGAUCCCAGUGCUCCACUUGGACGUGGAGAGCCUGGGCACCGAGCUCACAGUGCGAAGUUUUGACAUGACAUCCUUCACUUACCUCAAGGAGUUUUGCUUAAAAUGUCCCGAAUACAUGGAUUCUGAACAGAAAGAAGUCGAGCUGGUCACUACUUUGGACAACCAAACGAUGGACAUAUUGACCCUGGAGUAUAUUAAAGCUGACAAGACUGGUCCUGAAUUCAAGUCCCUACACAACAACACAGAGCAGGUCAUCAAGUUGACCUUCUCAUCUCUGGAUGUUCAUCUCCACACGGAGGCGCUCCUCUACACUAUGAACUUUCUCAACAAUCUGGCCCCGCCGUCCACCAAGGCGGAGGAAGAGCCUCACAAGCUCCCCGCCAUCCAUGAGGAUGAAUCGAACGAGGAGGGGAAGAAGGAGGCCUCUGCUGUCGCCAAGAAAAAAACAACGAUGAAUGCAAAGACUGCAGCCAUAAUCAAUCUGCAUGUCAAAGCUGAUCUCCGUGCUCUGAAGGUUUUCAUCCGAGGAGAGAAAGCCAGGAUCUCUGAGAUCUGCAUUGAAGGCCUUGUUUCUGAGGUUUUCAUGCGGAAGAAAGACACAAAGGUCCUGGUCAACCUAAAGAACAUUGCGAUCUUUGACUGUGAUGAAACCGCCUUAUAUAAGAAGGUUGUGUCUAUAGAAGACAAGGAGGUAUUCGCCUUCCAGAUGGUCAACUAUACAUGUGCAACAGAGGGUGACGCCUACCUGGACAUGUCUCAAGUUGACAUCUCCAUCACUAUGACUUUAGGGUGCAUCCAGGUCAUCUUUCUUAACAAGUUUGUCUCCUCCAUACUGGCAUUUAUAAACAACUUCCAGGAGGCUAAAAUGGCUGUGGCUGAGGCAACGCAGCAGGCAGCCGAGAAGGCAGCAUCAGGCGUAAAGGAGCUGUCAGGGCGGAGCAUGCGGAUCUCCCUCAACGUCGGCUUGAAUGCACCUAUCAUCUUCGUCCCUCAGUCCUCUUCGUCCAGCAACGUCCUGGUGGGCGACCUGGGCUUCCUGUCUGUAAAGAACCACUUUGCCACGCAGCCCUAUGAAAGCAACGUCAAUGUCCCGCCUGUGGUGGACGUCAUUGAAGUCAAGCUGACAGACCUCAAGAUGUACAGAACCACAUUCAUUGAUGGAGGCUUCCAGGGCGAGAGCCAGCUGUUAAAGCCACUGUGCCUCGACCUGAACAUUAUGAGAAAUCUUUCAUCAGGCUGGUACAGCAACAUCCCAGACAUUGCGAUUGCAGCGCACCUCAAGCCGCUGAGUUUGAUCCUCAGCCAGGAUGACAUGAUAGUUAUUUUCAGGAUUCUCAACGAAAAUCUCACGGAGACCUCUGGCAUCACCUCCCCCAACUGUCCGCAUGAUUCCAUUGACGCCUCCGAACCCAACAAAGACUCGGACAGCUCCGGAAACCCGGGAGCCAGCAGCAACACGGUGGUGACUGCAGCUGUGGUGGAGGCUCAUGAAGACAGGCUCAAGAUAACCAUGAAAUUUGACUUCAAGUUUGACUCCAUGUCACUGCUCCUGUAUCAGUCUAAUGCGAAUGAGAGUCAGUUGUUGGACCCACAUGAUGACCUGCUAAAGCUGGGACAGUUUGCCCUGGACACCAUCUCCACCUCUGUCACCAUGUUCGCCGAUACCACCAUGAAGGCCUUGGUCCGACUAUCCACCUGCCUUCUCGAUGACACGAGGCCAACCAGCAACACAGUCUCCCCAAGGAUGAUGGCGCUGCGUCCCGGUGCAGAGCAGAAGAUGAUGGUGGAGGUCAACUACCGGCAGGGCCGUGAAGGUUAUUCCUUGGACACGGUAGUGCAGGACGUGUACCUGUGCGCUAGCAUGGAGUUCCUCCUCGCGGUGGCCAACGUCUUCCUCAACGCCCACAAGGAAGGCUUUGCUCAGACGCCCCCAGCCAAGGGCAACGCUGCAUUGGGAGACAAGAGCAGCUCACAUGCUGCGUCGAUGGAAAUCACUGCUGCUCCGGCCACUUUGUCAAAGACGGUGAUUAACGUGGUGGUGCGAAACCCAGAGAUCGCAUUUGUCGCCGACCUGACGAGUGCCGAGACACUGGCCCUGGUGAUGACCACGGAUUGUGAACUAGUCAUGAAAAAUGACUCAGAGAGCUCAAAUAUGACUGCCGUUAUCCAAGAUCUUAAGAUUGUGGCAUGUCCCUUCUUUAGCGAGAAGAGGGUAAACAACGUAACCACAGUACUGCAGCCAUGCCAGGUGUUCUUCCAGAGUAGUCAAUCCAGUACUUCUCCACAAGCUAUGGAGCUCUCCAUCAAUGCUCUCUCGCUGAAGGUUUCUCCCAUCAUCAUCAAAACAGUCAUCUCCAUCCAGUCGGCCCUGACUCCGGCUGCAGACACCACAGAGGAGCUUGAAAGCCCCGUCCCGGUAGAUAUGUGGUCGAAGCGGGACUGGAAGGACCUCAAAUUGUGGUUCUUGGAGGAGCAGGGAGAUUCAGUCACACAAACACUGGAGCCACUGAUUCCGCAAGGGGAGUCGUUGAAGCUUGACAUCAAAUCAAUCUGCUUGACCCUGGAAGCUGGCGUCGGACACCGCACAGUCCCCAUGCUUCUGGCAAAAUCCUCCUUCCAGGGAGACGUCACAAACUGGACCACGCUCAUUAACUUACACAGCGUGCUCAAUUUAGAGGUCCAUUACUAUAAUGAGGUGUUAGGAGUGUGGGAGCCGCUGCUGGAGCCUUUAGAGGAUGAGACAAGAGAUGGCUUCAGGCCCUGGACACUGGAUGUGAAGAUGAAAAAGAAACCACUGAAGAGCAUUAGAUGGGCAGAUGAAGUGGACUACAGUGUCCCAGACUACAAGACCGUCAUUAUAAUCAGCAGUAAGGACCAGCUCAACGUCACACUCUCCAAAUGUGGACUGGCCAUGCUGAGCAAUUUGGGCAUGGCGUUUUCCGAUGCAGCCAAACAGACAACGAAAAGUUUUCAGAAGGAUGAAGCUCCAUUUGUGGUGAAGAACCGACUGGGCCUGCCGGUCUUCGUCCAGUACAGCGACAUGUUUUCUCCCAUCAAUAUGCAGAGCGAUGACCAUACCGUGGAGCUGCAGGAUGGCCAAACGGUCGGAAUGGACUAUACAACCACGACAGAUUCUGACCAGUUCUCAGCAAUGAUCUCCUUAAGCGAAAAGGACUACUACAUACAGCCAACUCCAGCUGGCCACACCUCAGCCCAUGUAAUUCCCCUGAUCAAGGUGGGACGGGGAAUGUACAGCGUCAUGCACCAAGUUUCGGGAGUCACUCGUUUCCUGGUGUGUCAAAUUUACUCUAUGGAGGGCAGCAAGUUCAUCAAAAUCCGCUCACCAUUCCAGAUCAUCAAUCACUUCUCCAUCCCGUUUAAAGUGUUUGAGGGAUCUACAUGUCUGGGUACAUCACUGUCCACAGAGGACUUCUGUGUGCCUCUGGACUCAUACAGGUCCGAGCUGAGCUUCCAACCAGUCACGGGGGACGAGGGCGACCAGUUCGAUUGCUCAGAGGGCUUCAGCUACGAAGACAUCAACCCGGAGCAGCCCAAUAUGCUCAUACAGCAAACGUGCCGUCUCCGCGGGAAAGAGACCGGCGUGCUGACCAUCAACAUCGUUCCCCUUAUGGAUAAAGUGACGUUCAAAGACACUGGCAGCGUGGGAGACAACUUCGACGUGCCCUAUGUGCUCCACCUGUGGCCCUCCAUCCUGCUAUGCAAUUUGCUGCCUUACGCCAUCACCUACAAUCUCAUUGACAGUGGAUCUUCUGCCUCCGAGGCCACGCUGGGCCCGGGACACUCUGCUCAGCUUCACACUGCUGUCAUGGACCAGUCUAGCCUAGACCUCCGCUUGGUUGACUACUUUGCUCAAGACUGGUCUGCCACAUACAGUCUCUGCAGUAACCAGGAGGAGAUCACCUUAAUCACGUUCAUGUCCCUCCGAGAGGACGAAGAGUUUUACGGUGAGGAGACGAUGAGGGCGGAGUUGGACAUAGCUGUACACGUCAAGUACGACAAGGGCCAGACGGAGGUCGCCAUCCACUCGCCGUACUGGAUGGUGAACAAGACGGGCAGGCUGCUGCAGUACAAGGCUGACGACAUCCACCGCAAGCAUCCUCUGGACUACGACAUGCCGCUGCUCUUCUCCUUUAAACCUCGUUACUUUCUAAAAAACAACAAGGUCCGUCUCAUGAUCUCCGAAAGUGACCACUCUGAUGAGUUUUCCAUGGACACUGUUGGGAGCUACGGAGAUGUCAAAUGUAAAGGACAAUACAAAGAUUAUCGGGUUGGCGUGAAAAUCGACACAAGCAGUUUCAGUCUCACCCGCAUCGUGACCUUCAUGCCGUUUUACACGCUGGUCAACACAACCGGGCAGACUAUCUUUGUAUGCGAGGUGGACGAGGAGAACUGGACCGAAGUUCCACCAGAACAGUCAGCCAUUCCAUUCUGGCCAGAGAACGACACCAAGCGUGUCAAUGUCAAGACAAAAGACUGUUCGUCUACUCAGACGAUUGACUUCCCACGUCCAGAGAACUGCUUACUGCUUCACUUGGACAACUCUGGUGGUGGGAUCAUUGUAGAAGUGAACGUAACGGAGCACUCUGCCACAAUACGAUUCUCAAACUACCACGACGGUGCAGCCCCCUUCCUUAUCAUCAACCACACCAAAGAUCGGCCCUUGGAGUUCCAUCAGAGCUCGCAGAUAGAAACAGAGGAAUAUGAGGAACUAGAGGCGGGCAAGGCCGUGCACUACACCUGGACCGAGCCCACCGGGUCCAGAGAGCUUUGCUGGAAGUGGGGCGGUUACAGCGGGAAGCUAAGAAGCGAAGAGGACCUGCGUGAAAAUGUCAGAGAAGAAGGCAUUCUAUACAUCAUCUCAUUUUAUGAAGGUCUCCAGCGAGUAGUGCUGUUUACUGAGGAGCUACGCCUCUACAAGCUGCUGUACGAGAGCGAGAAAGCGCAGUUGGCCGACCAGGAGGUCAUCCUGUCGCUGUUCAGUGUCGGAUUGUCUCUGGUCAACCACAGCAGCAACCAGGAGAUCGCCUUUAUUGGGAUCACUAGUUCCGACGAGGUGUGGGAGUACAAGCCCAAGAAGAAGAAUCGCUGGAAGGCUCUGGACACCAAUGAAGCUGAGAUUCUAGAGAUGCGUUACAAAGACUAUGUGGAAUCUGAACCUGUAGACAAAGCCAUCAUCAACCUGGAAAACAAUUUUCAGGUAUUGCUGUCUACCAACGCCAACGAAAUGCGAUUGCUGCAGCCGUGUUCCGCUCCCCUCCGAAGGCACUUCGUGCCGGGCGUCAAGGUGGAAUAUAGCACUUCGCUGCGCCAGAGCGCCUACCGUGUCCAAAUCCACCGCCUACAGAUCCAGAAUCAGCUGCCCGGGGCCAUCUUUCCUUAUGUUUUCUACCCUGUAAAACUGCCAAAGUCCAUCGCCGUGGACGCAGAACCAAAGCCUCUCACUGAUAUCAGCAUCGUAACCAGGGCAGCAGGACACUCUAACAUCUCACGCAUCAAGUACUUCAAGGUGUUGAUUCAAGAAAUGGAUCUCAAACUGGAUCUGGGAUUUCUUUUUGCCGUCCUGGACAUGUUCAGCCCCGAGGAUGCCAGCGCCGUGACCGCAUUGCAGAAGGUGGAACUCUUUGAGAAGGAUGUGGAGUACAUCAAGACGGAGCUGAACCACGCCUCCGUUGCUGACACAACUCCCAUUAGCCUCUUUGAGUAUUUCCACAUUUCCCCCAUCAAGCUUCAUUUAAGUUUCUCUUUGAGCACCGGCGGUGAGGACGGCUUGAAGGAGAAGAGAGCCAACGAACUCAUACCCAUUCAGUCGCUCAACCUGCUGCUGAAGAGCAUCGGCGCCACGCUCACCGAUGUGCAGGACGUCGUCUUCAAGCUGGCCUACUUUGAGUUGACCUUCCAGUUCUGCACCACGCAGCAGCUCAACUGGAUGGUCAUCAGGCAUUAUUCCAAACAGGCUAUAAAGCAGAUGUAUGUGCUGGUGCUGGGCCUGGACGUCCUUGGAAAUCCAUUUGGGCUGAUCCGAGGGCUGUCGGAGGGAGUUGAAGCCUUUUUCUACGAGCCCUAUCAGGGAGCCAUCCAAGGACCAGAGGAGUUUGUGGAAGGGAUGGCGCUCGGAAUGAAGGCUCUGGUGGGCGGAGCUGUAGGGGGCAUCGCUGGCGCCGCCUCCAGGAUCACAGGUGCCAUGGCCAAGGGGGUCGCCGCCAUUACCAUGGAUGAAGAAUACCAGCAGAAGAGACGAGAGGCCAUGAACAAACAACCCAGCGGCUUAAAAGAGGGUCUGACCAGGGGCGGAAAAGGAUUAGUGUCUGGAUUUGUCAGCGGGAUUACAGGGAUUGUUACCAAACCCAUUCGAGGAGCACAAAAGGAAGGAGCGGCAGGCUUCUUUAAAGGAUUCGGUAAAGGUCUGGUUGGUGCCGUCGCCAGACCCACAGGAGGCAUCAUCGACAUGGCCAGCAGCACGUUUCAAGGCAUCAAGAGUGCGGCAGAUACUUCGCAAGACAUCGGAUCUCUGCGUCCUCCUCGCUUCAUCCACGAGGACGGCGUCAUACGGCCAUACAGGCAAAGGGAGGGCAUCGGCAGUCAAAUGCUGCAGAAAAUCGAGAAUGGGCGUUUUGCUAAAUACAGAUACUUUGCUCACGCUAACGUCAACGACUCCGACUUCUUCAUGAUCACCAAGAGGGGGAUUUUCUUCGUGACCACGGGAACGUUUGGUCAACUGAACUGCGAGUGGCAGUACUUGUUUGACGAGUUCACUAAGGAUCCCACCAUCGUGGAAAGCCGCCGUCUUCGCAUCGAGGCUAAGGAGCGAGUAAAGUCUGUGUUUCACGCCAAAGAAUUUGGCAAGAUCAUCAAUUUUAAGACGCCCGAGAUCGCCACGUGGGUUCUUGCUAAACUGGAGGACGCCAGGGAGAGGUUACCCAAAUACUGACCAGAAAAACAACACACACACAAAACACUCACUAAAGAGCUCAUACACAUCACCAGUGCCUUUGUUUGAAUGCAUGUCUAUUCUGUGUUGUGUUUUGUGUGUGUGUGCGUGCAUGCGUGCGUGCGUGCGUGUAAGAAGAGUUUUUGAACAAAUUACAUUUUAAGUUAAGAAACAGCUCUUGUCACAUUAAGGGAAUAAUCACAUUUAUUUUUUAUUUCACACACUCAUUGAACUAUUUUUUGGAUUGGAUGGACACGGUAUUUUUUAUACACAUUUUUGCAUACACAUGCCAUUUUUUUUAAACUGUAUGCUGUAUAUUAAUCUAAUAUGUAUAUACACAAAUACGGUAUACAAAUAUUCAUCCACAUAAUUAACACUGUAAUUUCAAUGAGUUGUUUUAUAUUGCACAUAUGCAAGGCCAAGUAAGUUUCAAAUAAUGCUAAUUAUAUUAUCAACAUGUUUUUUUUUAUUAUUUAUGCUUGGGGUUUAUGACUAUCUGGUGUAUAUUUUUUGGUCUACAUUGCAAUGGCUCAUUCUUUGAGUUCAAUAAAUGAUUAGCAUCUCUUCCCACCGCUUUAUUGUUGCUAAUUCUAUGCAAAACUGCACCAUAAUGACUCUAAAUAAAAUUGUUUAUUGGUGA